CAAUAAGAGCAUUAACAAGGGAAAUGCUCACCCUCCCCCAGGCUGUCGGCGGGCUAAUUAUGCCAGCCUUAAUAACAGCCUUUUGUCACCAAGGCUGCCUGAAAGUCUGCCCCAAAACACAAGGCAGUCGGAGCACCGUCAGCAAAGUCCUCUGGCUUGGGGGAGAGGGACAGCAGUCUCAAGGAAGGGCGCUGCUGAGGAGGUUUGGGCCCACAGAGUGGAAGCACCAUGUUCAUUACAGUGAGAUAUGGAGCUGACUGCCAAGAGAUUGUGAACGUGCACUGCCGGGUCCUGACCCUCACCGCGCACCUGAAGAAGAAAUGCCAAUGCCGCCCAGAAGAUUGCAUUGAUCUUCUAGAUGAAUUGGGGACCCUGAUAAACCUGAGCGAAGUGGAAAAUCCUGCAUCUGAGCUGGCCAGUAAAUACUUACAGGAGAGGCAGCGCUACAUCCUCAUCAGAGUCAUUCGAGGAGAAGGCUCAGAAUCAACCUACUACGAAUCCCUACUGGAGAACCUGGGAAAACACCACCCUGAGCUGGCAGAGCGGCUGCAGAAGUUAUCAGCACAUCCUCAGCUGAAGGACAACAUGAGGAGGAGUUCCAUGCAGAGAAAGUUUCGCCCAUUUAAGGAACCACCCCAAGUUUCCCCAGCAAAAUUCAGAAGCACACAGCAGAGUAAGAAAGGCUCUGUUCCCUCCAGCAGGCCCACCUAGAUAGGGUAUCAUUCCUUGCGGGAACAAGGCCUCCAGCUGUUUGGAAGCAUCUUUGAGGGACCCUUCACAGGGUGAAAGACAGCCAGCCAGGUGGAGUCAAACUGUAGGGCAGGAUGCAAGAAGCCACUGCUUUACAAGCAGCACACUGCAUCCUUAUCACAGCCAGACUGAGCCAUAAUCAGAGACCCCCGUAGAACCUUUUUAAAUGGAAGGCUAGCUAGGCUUAUGCCACCCUCUGAAACAGAGUUUAGACCUGUCAGGGAUAACAGACUAAAAUGUAGCACAGACUUCCUUUUGGUACUAUAAACUCUGACACACAGCAAGCAGGUCUCUUCUGCGAGAAGGUGCCACAUCUCUAGUCACAACCCAACACAACCACAGUUAGUUCCAAAUGAAGCGUACAAUGGUAACACCUGACAACUCCUACUAGAAAUAGGGGAACUUUGUGAUGUGUCAGUGUUCUCAAGCCUACUUGCUGUAAGCCAUUUCUCCAUAUUGUAAACUCCCCUCCCCUCUACAGGCUAAGGGCAACUGGUACAUGUAUACUAAAAAAAGUAAUCUAUUGACAUUAGUGAGAGGCAAAUGAGUAUUACUUUAUUCCUGUUACCACCAUACUAGAUACAGGAGAGCAAAGUGGAUUGUAUUCUGUCUGCUUCAUCAAAAGCAGUAUUUGCAUUCCAAUGGGAGUGCUGAUCACGCAUAAUCCAGAAAAGACUCAGCUUGACUUUCACUUGCAGGUUGAGGUUGUAGGGCUGGCCAUCAAAGAGAAAAAUAUAGUCUUGGAAACUGAGCAAGUCUGAUAUGGAAUCCUUGCAAGGCACCCAGCCAGGAAUCCCCUGGUGCUUCUUUCACAGUAACUGCUCUGUAAGUGGCCUUUCUGAAAGCACAGUUUCAACAUCUCCUGCCCCCAUCAGGAACAACUUCACCUUGUAGUCAGGGGUUUUUUUUUGUUUUUGUUU